AUGAAGGAGUUACUACAAACUGCUCCAGAGCUCAGGAAUGGUGUGCUAGAUGGGUUGUCUUGGGCUGCUGACAGAUCGGGUAUCUUUACUGUAUCGUCUGUCUACAAGUGGAGUGAAUUACCAUCUAAUCUGCCUACAAAAGUGGUGGAUCUCAUCUGGAAGAAUGCUGCACCUCCGAAAGUGCAAUUUUUUGCUUGGCUAGCAUGGAAAGGGAGGAUCAAGACUUCUACCUUUUUGCAAAGUAUUGGGAUCCUUAGUGCCAACUCGGAUGUUAACUGUGUUUUCUGCAUGAAGGAAAGGGAAACUGCGUCCCAUGUGCUGCUGUGCUGUAUGUUCAGUUGGAGAGUUUGGUCUAAUAUUCUUGGAUGGUGGGGUGUAUCUUGGGUGCAGCCGGGGUCAGUAGUGGGUCUUCUUCAAUGGUGGACUGGGGUUACAUGCACUAAAAGAUUGAAGGUAUUUUGGAAGUCAAUCCCAUUGGCAGUGCUUUGGUCUUUAUGGAAGCAGAGGAAUGACAUUAUUUUUAACAAAGCACAGUUGGACUUCGAAAAGCUGUGUGAUCUUAUCAAAACACGGAUUGCAUUGUGGUUCAGAGCUUCUAGUCCUUCAUUGUGUUAUUCAGUUGGUGAUUUGGUGUCUAAUUUACAAAAUGUGAAAUUCUGCAUCAUGCACUGA